AUGAGCCAAUCACAAUACAGACAAUUGAAGAGGAAAACCGACAUCUCAGAAGUGGAACCGUGUUCGCUGAAAUUAAAAACAUACACGGGGGAGAAACUCAAAGUAAGGGGCAUGACACAAGUCCAGGUGCAACAUGGAAGCACAGAGAAGACACUGCCUCUAGUGGUAAUAGACGGAGAAGGUCCAAACUUACUAGGCCGGAGUUGGCUUAAGGAACUUUCCAUGGCAGACCAGUUGGUGAACCAAGUGAAAAUGGCUGCGCCACUGCAACUGAGUGAGGUACUUGACAAGCACGCAGAAGUGUUUAAAGAGGAACUGGGGAAGCUCAGGGGUGCCACAGCUGAAAUAAAUGUGAAUAAGGAGGCUCAACCCAAAUUCUGCAAACCUCGUCCGGUACCAUAUGCAGUGAAGCCAUUAGUGGAAAAAGAACUACAAAGAUUGUUGGAUGACAAAAUAAUUGAACCAGUGAAGUUCACAGAAUGGGCAGCGCCAAUUGUGCCCGUCCGGAAACCAGAUGGGUCUGUAAGGAUAUGCGGUGAUUACAAACUCACAGUAAACAGAGCAUCAAGGGUGGAUCAAUAUCCAAUUCCAAGAGUGGAUGACUUGUUUGCACAGUUAAAUGGUGGGCGACGCUUUACAAAACUUGAUAUGAGUCAUGCAUAUCAGCAAGUGGUGUUGGAAGAAGAGUCAAGAAAGUAUGUGACCAUCAACACACAUAAAGGCUUGUUCACCUACACUCGCUUACCAUUCGGAGUGGCCUCAAGUCCAGCCAUAUUUCAAAGAACGAUGGAAGGCUUGUUGGGAGACAUUCCAAAUGUAGCAAUUUACUUGGAUGACAUUUUAGUGUCUGGGCCAAGUCAACAACAACAUUUGGAAAAUCUGGAGCAAGUGUUAAACAGGUUGGAACAAAGUGGAUUAAGACUGAAAAGAAGCAAAUGCGAGUUUUUGAGCAAAGAAGUGACUUUCUUAGGCCAUAGAAUCACAGCGUCGGGGUUACAGCCACUAAGAGAAAAGGUGGAAGCCCUCGCCAAAGCUCCAAAUCCACUUAACGUCAGCGAGUUGAAAGCAUAUCUUGGUCUACUGAAUUAUUAUCAUCGGUUCCUACCAAACCUCUCCACACUACUAGCACCGCUUCACAAGUUGCUGAAGAAAGAUGCCAAAUGGUUCUGGGCCCAAGAGCAACAGAAAGCAUUUGAUAAAUCCAAAGACUUGCUGCAAUCAUGUGAGGUGUUAGUUCAUUAUGAUGGUGGCAAACCUCUCGUUUUGGCAUGUGACGCCUCGCCGUAUGGCGUCGGGGCCGUUCUAUCGCACAAAAUGGAGGAUGGAUCAGAGAGACCAAUAGGGUUUGUAUCCAGAACUCUCACUCCUGCAGAGCAGAAUUACUCACAGCUGGAUAAGGAAGGCCUCGGAGUCAUUUUUGGAAUAAAGAAAUUCCGCAAGUAUUUAUAUGGAAGACAUUUCACAGUGAUUACAGAUCAUAAGCCACUAAUUUCACUAUUUAGUGAAAUGAGAGCCAUACCUCAAAUGGCCUCACCCCGCUUACAGAGGUGGGCAAUCACCUUGGGUGGCUAUGACUACAACAUAAUCUACAAAGCUGGAAAAGACCAUGCUAACGCAGAUGCUUUUAGCAGGUUAGCAUUGGGCGUGAAAGAGUCAAAGAAUGAAGAUGAAGAACGUGUACUGAUGUUUGAGGACCUUGAAGGGGCAGCUGUGAAUGCUAAACAGAUCAAGAGAUGGACAGACAAGGAUCCUGUGUUGGCCAGAGUGAGAGAAUUCAUCUUGAGGGGCUGGCCACGGACAAUGGAGGAUUCUUCAUAUGAUCCAUACACCAGACGUAAGGAUGAACUCAGCACUCAAGAUGGGUGUGUCCUGUGGGGAGGGAGAGUGGUGGUCCCUCCACCUGGUCGAAAAACACUUUUGACGCAACUACACCAAGGCCAUCCAGGUAUUACACGGAUGAAAGGGCUAGCUCGGAGUUACAUGUGGUGGCCCAAGAUGGACACAGAAAUAGAGAGGUUGGUAAAGCAGUGUGUGACUUGCCAGGAACACAGAAACCACCCUCCAGUAGCUCCAUUACACCCGUGGGAAGUGCCUGAAAAGCCUUGGAGGAGAAUCCACAUUGAUUAUGCAGGACCAUGGAAGGGAAAAAUGUUCCUCAUUCAGAUUGAUGCACAUUCCAAGUGGAUUGAAGCACAUGCGGUUAACAAGUCCACAUCAGCUGUCACUAUUGAUUGUUUGAGACAAAGUUUUAGCCAGCACGGCAUACCUGAAAUCAUAGUGUCAGAUAAUGGAAGAUGUUUCACGAGUGAGGAGUUCCAAGAAUUCGUCCAGAAAAAUGGCAUACGACAUAUCACUACAGCACCGUAUCAUCCUUCUUCAAAUGGGUUAGCAGAGCGGGCUGUACAAACUUUUAAAUCACUCAUAGAAAAGAGUACGGGAGACAACUUGGAGACAAAAAUGGCCAGAGCACUUUUCAACUACCGCAUUACUCCCCAAACAACAACUGGGAAAUCACCAGCAGAAUUACUGUGUGGUAGAAAGCUGAGGUCAACCCUGGAUUUCAUACAUCCCGAUUUCCAGAGGAAGAUGUUCUUCAAGCAGGAGAAACAGAAACAAAUACACGACAGACAUGCUCGUCCCAGAGGCCUUGACAAAGGAGACUUAGUUUUCACGCGAAACUACAGUUCUGGACCAACCUGGAUUCCAGGUGCCGUGACCAAGAAGACCGGCCCUGUUUCUUUUCAAGUGACUCUGGGAAAUGGACAAGUGGUAAGAAGACACAUUGAUCAAGUGAGGGGAAGAAGUUCCAUAACGUCAGCAACUGCUCCAGUCUCACCUGAGAGAUCCCAUGAAGAUGAUCCAGAAGAGACGACUCUACCUGAGUUGUUGAUUCCUGAGGAUGACACUGCUGUGACAGCGACAUCAACUGCACAGGAAGCGGCAGUGAUGGCUGAUGAACAACCAACCUUGCGAAGAUCACAGAGAGCAAGAAAGGCUCCGGAAUACUUAAAAGACUAUACUUAA